CCCGGCGAAGGCUGGAUUUAUCGAGUUCCAAUCUCCACCCCACCCUUCCUUUCUCUCGCUCGCGCUCUGUAAUGGCAAGCGCGGCAUCGGCUCCUUCGAGAGCCGAGGUGCUCUCCUUGUUCCGCUCCCUCCUCCGAACGGCUGCCAAGUUCACCGACUACAACGUGAGAGAGUACGCCAAGAGGAGAACGAUCGAUGGAUUCCGAGAGAACCGGGGGCUCUCAGAUCCUUCCUCGAUUGCUUCGGCCUUCGCUGACGGGAGGAACCAGCUUGAGGUGGCGAUGAGGCAGGUGGUGGUGUACUCUCUCUACGCUCCAAAGGUCAAGAGCGUGAUGGAGAUCGGGAGCGGAUGAGGUUAUCUGACCGAAAGGUUUUCCAUCUGGAUGGAUUUUGUUCUCAUUCCAAUUCCUCAUUUUUACAUCGCAAAUUUGAAGCAUGCUUCCUACCAGCAGAAAUAAGGGAUGCAGUUGUCUCAAUCGACGAAGCGUAUGCUAUAUAUGUGAGCUAUGAUGCAAGUAGGUUAUUCCUGUUCAACAUGUAUCAUCGACCCGAAGAUAGAGACCUCAGCCGAAAGUUGUAACUUUAAGGUGUUCAAAGUAACUCAGAGGUUGUGAUUAUGAAUUUAAAGAUUUUUAGGCUUGUAUCGGCUUCUUUUAAUUUACAUGAAACAAUUGAGCAGAGUAGUGAUCAUCCCCUUGGUUUUGCCGGAA